CCCAAGGAGCUUGCAAACAGGGAAAUUCAAACUGAAUGCUUCUCUGUUGUGGUUACUUAUACAGCCGAGACCACAUUUCUCUUAGAAAAAGUGUUUGCUCUGUUCCUUCUUUUCUCCACUCCCUCUUUUUCUUCCCUAUAAGCACAAAGGUUUUAAAAACUAAGAUCUAUAGUUCUUUUUGCUUUUUUUUGCGUUACCGUGACAGCAUGUAUCUCUGUUGCUGAAGAAUGAAGCAGGCAGGCUGGAGGUUUUUUAUGUUCAAUGCUUUUGGGACCACUAAAAAGAAGUCCACAGAGAAAUACGUACAGCAACUGUGCCGACUGAGUUUCUCAUCACUGUUAACUGUCACUUAUUCUGACUAAAAGGGUGAAAGAAUGAUGUGAUGGAGGUGAAUAUGGGCCGCUGGUCAGGCUCACGACUACCUCUGUCAUGCCUUACCCUUCUGAUUGUCAAGUUCCUGGCCUCCAUUUGCCAGGUAGUUCACGGGACCGCCCCGCUUGGCUUUCACUUCACACAUUCCACUUACAAUGCUACAGUGUACGAGAAUUCUGCAGCCAGGACCUAUGUCAACAGUCAGACGAGAAUGGGCAUUACCUUGGCUGACCUCUCAUGGGAUAUCAAGUACAGGAUAGUGUCUGGUGAUGAUGAGGGUUUUUUUAAAGCAGAGGAAGUCAUCAUUGCUGACUUUUGCUUCCUCAGAAUAAGGACUAAAGGUGGGAAUUCUGCUAUAUUGAACAGAGAAAUCCAGGACAACUAUUUAUUGAUGGUAAAAGGGUCUGUCAGAGGAGAGGACUUGGAAGCAUGGACAAAAGUGAACAUCCAGGUUUUGGAUAUGAAUGACCUAAGACCUUUGUUUUCACCAACCACUUACUCCGUCACGAUAGCAGAAAGCACUCCUCUAAGGACUAGCAUUGCACAGGUGACCGCAACAGAUGCGGAUAUUGGGUCCAAUGGUGAAUUUUAUUAUUACUUCAAAAAUAAAGUUGAUCUCUUCUCAGUUCAUCCUACGAGUGGUGUUAUCUCCUUAAGUGGCCGGUUAAACUACGAUGAGAAAAACAGAUACGAUCUUGAGAUUUUGGCAGUGGACCGUGGGAUGAAGCUUUAUGGAAACAAUGGUGUAAGCAGCACUGCCAAGCUUUAUGUUCACAUUGAACGUAUCAAUGAACAUGCCCCAACAAUAAACGUAGUAACCCAUAUUCCCUUCCCGUCAGACAAGGAACCUACCUAUGCAGUUGUUAACAUUGAUGACCUAGAUGAAGGAGCCAAUGGAGAAAUAGAAUCUGUUUCUAUUGUGGCUGGAGAUCCACUAGAACAGUUCUUUCUGACUAAAGAAGGUAAAUGGAUGAAUGAGUACAAAAUCAAAGAGAGAAAGCCUAUUGAUUGGGACAGCUUCCCGUAUGGUUACAACCUGACUCUCCAAGCAAAGGACAAAGGAUCUCCUCAGAAAUUUUCAGCGGUCAAACUAGUCCACAUUGCUAGUCCCAAGAAAGAAAGUAUCCCCAUAAAGUUUGAAAAGGAAGCGUAUGAUGUUUUGAUCAGUGAAUUUUCACCUCCUGGAGUGGUGGUUGCAGUAGUUAAGCUGAUGCCUGAGCCACAGGGUGUGGAAUACAGAAUACUUCCAAGUGAAGAAGCUGAGUAUUUUAAGAUCAAUCCCAAGACAGGCCUUAUUACUACUGCUCGUCCUUUGAAAAUCAUUGAGAAGGACCUCUAUGAAUUAGAAGUAUAUACGAGCAAAGGUGGUGAUUUAAAAGCAUGGGUUACUGUCAGGUUAGAAGAUGCCAACGAUCACACUCCGGAGUUCCAGCAGCUCUCCUACAGCUCAUUUGUCAAUGAAAGUGUCCCUGUGGGAUCUAGCGUUUUGGCAGUUUCAGCAGUUGAUAAAGACAGGGGAGAAAAUGGAUACAUAACAUACAGUAUUGCCAGUCUGAACUCACUACCUUUUACAAUAAACCAGUUUACAGGUGUUAUCAGCACAUCUGAAGAACUGGAUUUUGAGUCCUCACCAGAAAGCUACAGGUUCAUUGUGAGGGCUUCUGACUGGGGUUCUCCCUACCGCCAUGAAAGUGAGGUGAAUGUCACCAUAUACAUAGGCAAUGUCAAUGAUAACAAACCCCUCUUUGAAAAAGUAGCCUGUCAGGGAGUGAUUUCUUCUGAUUUUCCUGUUGGUGGUCACAUCACUGCUGUUUCUGCAAUAGACAUAGAUGAGUUAGAGCUGGUAAAGUACAAAAUAAUCUCUGGAAAUGAACUUGGCAUUUUUUACUUAAAUCCAGACUCUGGUGUCCUGCAACUUAAAAAAUCUCUAAUUAAUUCUGGCAUAAAGAACAGCAAUUUUGGUCUUAAGAUAACAGCAACUGAUGGAGAGAACUUUGCUGAUGCUAUGUUUGUUAAUAUUUCAGUAGUUCAUGGCAAAGUGUCCUCAAAGACCUUUAGCUGUAGAGAAACCAGAGUUGCUCAGAAGCUAGCAGAAAAAUUACUCAAAAAGGCAAAAGCAAAUGUGAAGCUGAAUUUGGAAGAUGGUUUUCUCGAUUUUUAUUCAGUAAACAGGCAGGCACCACAUUUCGACAAAUCCUUCCCUACUGAUGUAAGGGUUUCAGAGGAUCUGCCAAUUGGUGCCACCAUCCUGAGGAUAAAAGCCUACGAUGCAGACUCGGGCUUUAAUGGAAGAGUGCUUUAUACAAUUUCUGAUGGUAAUGUGGAUAGUUGUUUCAACAUUGACAUGGAGAUGGGAAUACUUAAUGUUCUCAUGCCCUUGGACCGUGAAAAAAGAGAGCUCUAUAUUCUUAAUAUUACCAUUUAUGAUUUAGGUCAUCCACAGAAAUCUGCAUGGAGACUGUUGACUGUCACCGUGGAGGAUGCAAAUGAUAACAAGCCUGUUUUUUUACAGGACAGUUACUCAGUUAAUAUUUUAGAAAGUACAAGUCUUGGUACAGAGAUUAUCCAGGUAGAAGCCAGGGAUAAAGACCUGGGAUCUAAUGGUGAAGUAACUUACUCAGUACUGACGGACAUCCAGCAAUUUGCUAUCAACAGUUCCACAGGAAUGGUGUAUGUGGCAGAUCAGCUAGACCGGGAAGCAAAAGCAAACUACACACUGAAGAUUGAGGCUAGGGACAAAGCAGAGAGUGGCCACCAGCAGUUUUCUGUUGUGCCGCUGAAGGUUUUUCUGGAUGAUGUUAACGAUUGCUCUCCAACCUUUAUACCAUCCAACUACAAUGUGAAGGUCCUUGAGGACCUGCCGGUUGGCACUGUCAUAGCUUGGUUGGAAACUCAUGAUCCAGAUCUGGGCUUGGGAGGCCAAGUCCGUUACUCGCUGGUGAAUGAUUACAAUGGGAGGUUUGAGAUAGACAAAGCGAGUGGCGCCAUCCGCUUGAACAAAGAGCUCGAUUAUGAGAAGCAGCAGUUCUACAACCUGACCGUCCGCGCAAAGGACAAGGGACGCCCGGUUUCUCUCUCUUCUGUUUCUUUUGUGGAAGUUGAAGUGGUGGAUGUUAACGAAAAUCUUUAUACCCCGUAUUUUCCUGACUUUGCCGUCAAUGGAUCUGUAAAGGAAAACUCCCGCAUUGGUACAAGUGUUUUGCAAGUUGUUGCUCGAGAUGAGGACUCUGGAAGAGAUGGAGAGAUCCAGUAUUCCAUCAGGGAUGGCAGUGGCCUGGGGAGAUUCAGCAUAGAUGAAGAAACUGGAGUUAUCUACACAGCAGAUAUUCUUGACCGGGAGACAACCAAAUCCUACUGGUUGACAGUGUAUGCAACUGAUCAUGGUGUUGUCCCACUCUACACUACCAUUGAAGUCUACAUUGAAGUGGAGGAUGUGAAUGACAAUGCCCCUCUCACCUCUGAGCCUAUCUAUUACCCAGUCGUCAUGGAAAACUCCCCAAAGGAUGUAUCUGUCAUUCAGAUCCAAGCCCAGGACCCUGACUCCAGCACUAAUGAAAAACUGACUUACCGGAUUACAAGUGGAAAUCCCCAGAACUUCUUUGUGAUCAAUCCCAAAACAGGUCUGAUUACAACAACAUCAAGAAAAUUGGACCGGGAACAGCAAGCAGAACAUUUUUUGGAGGUAACCGUCUCAGAUGGGGGCACAUCUCCCAAGCAGUCCUCCGUUUGGGUGGUGGUCCAGGUUCUGGAUGAGAAUGAUAACAAACCACAGUUUCCAGAGAAAGUCUAUCAGAUUAAGCUGCCAGAGCGGGACCGUAAGAAAAGAGGGGAGCCAAUCUACAGAGCUUUUGCUUUUGACAAAGACGAAGGCCCUAAUGCAGAAAUCUCAUACAGCAUUGUGGAUGGAAAUGAUGAUGGGAAGUUUUUUAUUGAUCCCAAAACAGGGAUGGUUUCUUCCAGAAAGCAGUUCACAGCAGGGAGUUAUGACAUCUUAACAAUAAAAGCAGUGGACAAUGGCCGGCCCCAAAAAUCUUCAACUGCACGUCUCCAUAUUGAGUGGAUAAAAAAACCUGCGCCCUCACCCAUGCCCCUGACUUUUGAUGAACCCUUUUACAACUUCACCAUCAUGGAAAGCGAUAAAGUGACAGAGAUUGUCGGGGUGGUCUCUGUGCAGCCAUCUAACAUCCCUCUCUGGUUUGAUAUUGUCGGUGGCAAGCAUGCUCGAGAGAUGUUCUAUAUUCUACAGACAGCUUGUGGGCAGAACUGUUCAACAGAAGGAGGGAAUUACGAUAGUUCUUUCGACGCGGAGAAGGGAGUGGGCACUAUUGUCGUUGCAAAGCCCUUGGAUGCAGAACAGAGGUCAAUGUAUAAUAUGACUGUGGAGGUCACCGAUGGAACAAACAUUGCCACGACUCAGGUUCUUAUCAAAGUGUUGGAUAACAAUGAUAAUGGCCCAGAAUUCUCUCAGCCAAGUUACGAUGUCACCAUUUCAGAGGACAUCCUCCCUGAUACUGAAAUUCUGCAAAUUGAAGCUAUAGACAGAGAUGAGAAGCAUAAGUUGAGCUACACUAUUCACAGCAGCAUUGAUACAGUCAGCAUGAGAAAAUUCAGAAUUGAUCCCAGCACUGGGGUGCUCUAUACAGCUGAGAGACUAGACCACGAAGCUCAAGAUAAGCACAUCCUUAAUGUCAUGGUCCGAGAUCAAGAAUUCCCUUAUAGAAGAAACCUGGCCAGAGUCAUUAUAAACGUGGAAGACUCCAAUGACCACAGUCCAUACUUUACCAGUCCAUUGUAUGAAGCCUCAGUGUUUGAAUCAGCAGCAGUUGGAUCAGCAGUCUUGCAGGUCACAGCUUUGGACAAAGACAAAGGAGAAAAUGCAGAGCUUAUCUACACUAUUGAAGCAGGAAAUACGGGAAACACAUUCAAGAUUGAACCAGUUCUAGGCAUCAUUACACUACUCAAGGAGCCAGACUUAACCACAAUGGGACAGUUUGUUUUGUCAGUCAAAGUGACUGAUCAAGGUUCUCCAGCACUGUCUGCAACAGCAAUUGUGCGGAUAUCUGUGACGAUGGCAGAUAACUCCCACCCUAAAUUCACUCUAAAAGAAUACCAAGCGGAGGUUAAUGAAAAUGUGGAUAUUGGUACUUCUGUCAUCUCUCUCUCUGCAAUCAGUCAGUCCACGUUAGUUUAUGAGGUUAAAGAUGGCAAUGUUGAUGGAGCCUUCACCAUAAACCCAUAUUCUGGAGUGAUCACAAGUCAAAAGGCCCUUGAUUAUGAACGUGCUUCCUCCUAUCAGCUCAUCGUGCAAGCAACAAAUAUGGCAGGCAUGGCAUCAAAUGCCACAGUGAACAUUCAGAUUGUUGAUGAAAAUGAUAACCCACCAGUUUUUCUCUUCUCUCAGUACUCAGGCAGCAUAAGCGAAGCUGCUCCUGUAAAUAGCAUAGUCCGGAGUGCUAAUAACAGUCCCCUCGUGAUACGUGCCACUGAUGCUGAUAGCAACCAGAAUGCUUUGCUUGUCUACCAGAUUGUUGAAUCUACUGCAAAAAAGUAUUUCACGGUAGAUUCCAGCACAGGUGCAAUCAGAACAAUUGCAAAUUUAGAUCAUGAAACAAUAGCCCACUUCCAUUUCCAUGUUCAUGUUAGAGACAGUGGGAAUCCCCAGCUUACAGCAGAGAGCCCAGUUGAAGUAACCAUUGAGGUAACUGAUGUCAAUGACAACCCACCAGUCUUCAGCCAGGCUGUAUUUGAGACAGUUUUGCUCCUACCCACAUAUAUUGGUGUUGAGGUUCUCAAAGUCAAGGCUGCAGACCCAGAUUCAGAGAUCCCUCCUGAACUAACAUUUAGUAUAAUUGAAGGCAAUAUGGACCAUUUUUUAAUUGAUUCAAGCACAGGGGUACUCACCAUUAAAAACAGUAGUCUCUCCAAAGACCAUUAUAUGCUAAUAGUAAGAGUGUCAGAUGGGAAAUUUUAUAGCACUGCUAUGGUGACAAUAUUGGUAAAAGAAGCCAUGGAUAGUGGACUCCAUUUCACACAAAAUUUUUAUUCCACUUCUAUCUCAGAAAACAGCACCAAUAUCACAAAGAUCGCUGUGGUGAAUGCUGUUGGUAACCGCCUCAACGAGCCUUUGAAAUACAGCAUAUUAAACCCAGGAAACAAAUUUAAAAUCAAAUCCACCUCAGGAGUCAUUCAGACAACUGGCAUCCCCUUUGACCGAGAGGAACAGGAGCUGUAUGAGCUGGUGGUGGAAGCAAGUCGUGAACUAGAUCACCUUCGCGUCGCUCGAGUAGUGGUGAGAGUUUACAUUGAGGACAUAAAUGACAACGCCCCAGUGUUUGUAGGGCUUCCAUACUAUGCUGCUGUGCAAGUUGAUGCUGAACCUGGUACCCUGAUAUAUCGAGUGACAGCUAUUGAUAAAGACAAGGGUGAAAAUGGUGACGUGUCAUACCUCCUGAAGGAAGACUAUGGACAUUUUGAAAUUGAUAGAGAGUCUGGUAGCGUCACUUUAAAAGAAGCCUUCAAUUCUGAUUUGUCUAAUAUAGAGUACUUGGUUGUCAUUCUUGCAAAAGACGGUGGUAACCCAUCAUUAUCUGCAACAGUAGAGCUCCCCAUUACUAUUGUUAACAAAGCAAUGCCUGUAUUUGACAAACCCUUCUAUACAGCUUCCGUGAAUGAAGAUGUAGAAAUGCACACGCCAAUUUUAAGCAUAAAUGCAACCAGUCCAGAAGGCCAAGGUAUCAUUUAUAUCAUUGUUGAUGGAGAUCCCUAUAACCAGUUCAAUAUCGACUUUGAUACUGGAGUUCUGAGUGUCAUCAGCCCACUGGACUAUGAAAUAAAUUCUCUUUUCAAGCUGACAGUGCGAGCCAGUGAUGCCCUCACUGGUGCUCGAGCUGAGGUCACUCUGGACUUGAUCAUUAAUGAUGUUAACGAUAAUCCUCCAGUUUUUGAUCAGUCAGCUUACAAUGCUACUUUGUCCGAAGCUUCUUUGAUUGGGACUCCUGUACUGCAAGUUGUUGCUACUGAUGCUGACUCUGACAAUAACAAGAUUGUACAGUAUCAGAUAGUCCAGGACACCUUUAACAGCACUGACUAUUUCCAUAUAGACAGCAGCAGUGGCCUAAUUUUGACAGCACGGAUGCUGGAUCAUGAACUCAUACAGCAGUGCAGCUUGAAAGUCAGAGCAACCGAUAAUGGGUUCCCACCACUAAGCAGUGAGGUUCUUGUUAGUAUCUCAAUAACGGAUAUGAAUGACAAUCCUCCAGUUUUUAACCAGUUAAUAUAUGAAUCAUAUGUGAGUGAACUGGCACCUCGUGGUCAUUUUGUGACUUGUGUCCAAGCUUCUGAUGCUGACAGCUCUGAUUUUGACAGACUGGAAUACAGCAUCCUAUCAGGAAAUGAUCGGACCAGUUUUAUUAUGGACAGCAAGAGCGGUGUUAUCACCCUCUCCAACCAUCGCAAACAGAGAAUGGAGCCCAUGUACAGCCUAAAUGUCUCUGUGUCAGACGGGCUGUUCACCAGCACAGCUCAAGUGCACAUUCAGAUACUUGGGGCCAACCUCUACAGCCCUGUGUUUUCGCAGAGUGUUUAUGUUGCAGAGGUUAGAGAAAAUGCUGCUCCUGGAACUAAGGUAAUCCAUGUGAAGGCAACAGAUGGGGAUUCAGGUGUAUAUGGCCAGAUCAGCUACUCCAUAAUAAAUGACUUUGCCAAGGACCGAUUUUUGAUUGAUAGCAAUGGGCAGAUUCUGACAACUGAGAGGUUAGACCGUGAGAGCCCACUGGAAAGUGAUAUCGGUAUAUUUUUGAGAGCCCUCGACGGAGGUGGCAGGACUACGUUUUGCACUGUGAGAGUGAUAGUAGUGGAUGAGAAUGACAAUGCUCCUCAAUUUAUGACGGUCGAAUACAGAGCAAGUGUCAAAGCAGAUGUUGGGAAAGGUUACUUGGUGACCCAAGUACAAGCAGUAGAUCCAGAUGAUGGAGCCAAUUCCAGAAUUACCUAUUCUCUCUAUAGUGAAGCUUCCGUUUCAGUAGCUGAUCUACUUGAAAUAGAUCCAGAUAAUGGAUGGAUGGUCACCAAGGGUAGCUUUAAUCAGCUUAAAAGCACAGUUCUGUCAUUCUUUGUCAAAGCAGUGGAUGGUGGCAUUCCUGUAAAGCAUUCCCUCAUUCCUGUCUACAUCCAUGUUUUACCCCCAGAGACUAUUUUGCCUUCUUUUUCUCAACCCCAGUAUUCUUUUACAGUAGCAGAAGACACCCUCAUAGGUAGUACUAUUGACAUUCUGCAUGUUUUGCCCAAUCAGGGUGCUUUGUAUAGCACAGUUAAUGGUGAGUUACCUGAAAACAACAAAGACGGGGUUUUCAUCAUAGAGCAAGACACAGGGCUCAUAAAAUUGGAUAAGAGACUUGACCACGAAAUAAAUCCUGCUUUUCACUUCAAAGUUGCAGCCACAAUUCAGUUAGAUAAAGUAGACAUUGUGUUGACUGUGGAUGUGGAGGUGAAGGUGUUGGAUGUAAAUGACAACAAGCCUGUGUUUGAAACAGCUAGCUAUGAUGCUAUAAUAAUGGAAGGGAUGCCUAUAGGAACAAAACUUAUGCAAGUUAAAGCGGUUGAUGCAGACUCAAGUGCAAAUGGGCAGGUCACCUAUACGCUUGCGGUGGACUCGGAGCUGGAGAAGAUCACAGAAGCAUUCACCAUUGAUAGCAACAGUGGCUGGAUCAGUACACUGAAGGAUUUGGACCAUGAAAAAGAUUCUGCUUUCACCUUUGCAGUGGUGGCCUCAGAUCUGGGGGAAGCUUUGUCCUUAUCAUCAACCACCUUGGUCUCAGUUACUGUGACAGAUAUAAAUGAUAAUGCACCUGUCUUUGAGCACGAGGUGUACAGAGGGUCAGUGAAGGAGAGUGACCCUCCAGGGGAAGUUGUGGCUGUUCUUAGCACCUGGGAUGAAGACACAUCUGAUGUCAAUCGGCAGGUUAGCUACCAUAUUACAGGAGGGAAUCCCAAAGGGAAGUUCGCUCUGGGACUGGUUCAGAAUGAGUGGAAGGUUUAUGUUAAAAGGCCUCUAGAUCGGGAAGAGCAAGACAUUUAUUAUCUGAACAUCACUGCCACAGAUGGCCUCUUUGUAACCCAAGCUGCUGUGGAAGUGAGCGUCACUGAUGUUAAUGACAAUAAUCCAGUUUGCGAACAGGUUGCAUACACAGCACUGUUUCCUGAAGACAUUCCAUCAAACAAAGUCAUUCUUAAAAUCAGUGCUAAAGAUGCUGACAUCGGGUCCAAUGGUGAAAUUCACUACUCUCUUUAUGGUGCUGGGAACAAUAAAUUUUUCUUAGAUCCAGAAAAUGGUGAGCUGAAAUCUUUGGCCCCUCUUGACCGAGAGAAAAUCCCUGCAUACAACUUGGUUGCCCGAGCCACUGAUGGUGGUGGCAGGUUUUGCCAAUCAGAAAUCCAUCUUAUUUUAGAAGAUGUUAAUGAUAAUCCACCAGUGUUUUCAUCUGAUCACUACACUGCAUGUGUCUAUGAGAAUACAGCCACUAAAGCUUUGUUAACAAGAGUCCAAGCCACUGAUCCUGAUGUUGGCGUGAACAGAAGGGUCAGCUAUUCCCUGGCAGACUCUGCAGAUGGUUACUUCUCAGUUGACCAGUCAUCAGGAAUCAUUAUUUUGGAGCAUCCUCUGGAUAGAGAGCUUCAGUCUUCCUAUAACAUCACUGUAAAGGCCUCAGAUCAGAGCAUUGUGCUGACUUUGUCCUCAUUUGCCACUGUGACCAUUACAGUGCUAGACAUUAAUGACAACCCCCCUGUGUUUGAAAGAAGAGAUUAUCUUGUUACAGUACCUGAAGACACCUCACCUGGCACUGAGGUCCUGUCUGUUUUUGCUACAAGCCAAGACAUUGGUACUAAUGCUGAGAUUGCCUAUCUCAUCAGAUCGGGGAAUGAGAAAGGGAAGUUCAGAAUUAACUCAAAAACAGGAGUGAUUUCCAUUUUUGAAGCUUUGGAUUUUGAAUCGUGUAAGGAUUUCUACUUAGUAGUGGAAGCAAAAGAUGGAGGUACGCCAGCCCUGAGCGCCGUUACAACUGUAAAUGUAAAUGUGACAGAUGUCAAUGACAAUGCUCCAAAAUUCAGCCAGGAGGUCUACAGUGCAGUCAUCAGCGAGGACGCAGCCGUCGGGGACUCAGUGAUAAUGUUGAUAGCAGAAGAUCUGGACAGUCCUCCCAAUGGCCAGAUUCAUUUUUCCAUAGUGAAUGGGGAUCAAGACAAUGAAUUUUCAGUUGAUCCUGUUUUGGGACUUGUGAAGGUUAAAAAGAAACUGGAUAGAGAAAGGAUAUCUGGUUAUUCAUUAGUUAUCCAAGCAAGAGACAGCGGCACCCCUCCUUUGUCUUCAUCUGUGACGGUCAAUGUGGACAUUUCUGAUGUGAACGAUAACAGCCCUGUAUUUACUCCAGCUAACUACACAGCUGUAAUUCAAGAAAAUAAACCAGUGGGCACAAGCAUUUUGCAGCUGGUAGUGACAGACAAAGACUCUUUUCACAAUGGCCCCCCUUUUACCUUCACCAUCCUCACUGGCAAUGAAGAAGAGGAGUUUACACUGGACCCUCACGGCGUUUUAAGGUCUGCAGUCAUCUUCAAGCACAUGGUCUCAACUGAAUAUGUGCUCUGCGUGCAGGCAAAGGACUCUGGGAAGCCUCAGCAGGUUUCCCACACCUACGUUCAGGUGAGGGUUAUUGAAGAAAGCAUUCACAAACCAACUGCCAUUCCACUGGAGAUUUUCAUUGUCACCAUGGAAGAUGAUUUUCCUGGGGGAGUCAUCGGGAAAAUUCAUGCCACAGAUCAGGAUGUGUAUGAUGUCCUCACAUACACACUAAAAUCAGAACAGAAAAGUUUGUUCAAGGUCAACAGCCAUGAUGGCAAGAUCAUUGCCCUUGGAGGGCUCGAUAAUGGCAAGUAUGUCCUAAAUGUCUCUGUCAGCGAUGGCCGUUUCCAGGUACCCAUCGAUGUUGUGGUCCACGUGGAGCAAUUGCUACAAGAAAUGCUGCAGAAUACAGUCACCAUUCGUUUUGAGAACGUUUCCCCAGAAGACUUCGUAGGUCUUCACAUGCAUGGGUUCAGGCGUACCUUGCGAAACGCGGUGCUCUCCCAAAAACAAGACAGCCUACACAUCAUCAGUAUUCAGCCAGUGGCAGGCAGCAAUCAGCUUGACAUGCUGUUUGCAGUUCAGAUACACAGUGGUGGUUUCUAUAAGCCUGCCUAUUUGAUUCAAAAGCUUACCAAUGCAAGGAGACAUUUGGAAAAUGUGAUUCGUAUUUCUGCUAUCUUGGAGAAGAAUUGCUCUGGACUGGAUUGUCAGGAACAACACUGUGAGCAAAGUCUGUCCAUUGAUUCACAUUCCUUGAUGACCUAUAGCACGGCACGAAUUAGUUUUGUGUGUCCCCGCUUUUACAGGAAUGUGCGCUGCAUGUGCAAUGGAGGACUCUGUCCAGGGUCCAACGACCCCUGUCUGGAGAAACCGUGUCCAGGGGACAUGCAGUGUGUGGGGUAUGAAGCUAAUCGGAGACCGUUCAUCUGCCAGUGCCCACCAGGAAAGCUUGGCGAAUGUUCAGGCCACACUUCCCUUAGCUUUGCUGGGAAUAGCUACAUUAAAUACCGGGUUUCUGAAAAUAGCAAGAAAGAGGAAUUCAAGUUGGCUCUCCGUCUGCGAACCCUGCAAAGCAAUGGGAUUAUAAUGUAUACCAGAGCGAAUCCCUGUAUAAUUCUGAAGAUUGUCGAUGGCAAACUCUGGUUCCAGUUGGAUUGUGGAAGUGGCCCAGGAAUCCUGGGAAUUUCUGGCAGGGCUGUUAAUGAUGGAAGCUGGCAUUCAGUCUUCCUGGAGCUGAAUCGCAAUUUCACAAGUUUGUCCCUGGAUGACAGCUACGUGGAGCGUCGCAAAGCCCCCCUCUAUUUUCAGACUCUCAGCACAGAUAGCUCCGUCUACUUCGGUGCCCAGGUCCAAGUGGAUAACGUCCGCAGCCUGACUGACAAGAGGACCACGCAGGUCUUGAGCGGCUUUCAGGGCUGCCUGGAUUCAGUUGUCCUAAAUAACAAUGAACUGCCACUCCAGAACAAGCGCAGCAGCUUCGCAGAAGUGGUUGGCCUGACAGAAUUGAAGCUUGGCUGCGUCCUUUAUCCCGACGCCUGUGAGAGACAUCCCUGCCAGAACGGAGGCACCUGUACUGCUGUGCCAUCUGGUGGAUACCACUGCAAUUGCCUCUCUCAGUUUACAGGAAGGAAUUGUGAGUCAGAGAUCACAGCCUGCUUCCCAAAUCCCUGCCGGAACGGAGGCUCAUGCGAUCCCAUUGGCAACGCUUUCAUCUGCAACUGCAAAAAUGGCCUGACAGGAGUAACGUGUGAAGAAGACAUCAAUGAAUGUGAAAGAGAAGAAUGUGAAAAUGGUGGCUCCUGUGUCAACAUAUUUGGUUCAUUUCUGUGUAACUGCACCCCUGGCUAUGUGGGUCAAUACUGUGGUCUUCGCCCUGUGGUGGUUCCCAAUAUACAAGCUGGGCAUUCAUACGUUGGCAAGGAGGAGCUGAUAGGAAUAGCCGUGGUCCUGUUUGUCAUAUUUGUGUUGAUCGUCCUUUUUAUCAUUUUUCGCAAGAAAGUUUUCAGGAAGAACUAUUCCCGCAACAACAUCACACUCGUACAGGAUCCGGCUACUGCAGCCCUGCUCAACAAGAGCAAUGGCAUCCAGUUCAAAAACAUCAGGAACAGUGGAGACAGCAGAAAUAUCUACCAAGAGGUUGGGCCUCCACAGGUUCCAGUGAGGCCAAUGGCCUAUACCCCAUGCUUCCAGAGUGACUCACGGAAUAACCUGGACAAGAUAGUGGAUGGGCUUGGCGUAGAGCACCAGGAGAUGACAACAUUUCAUCCUGAGUCCCCUCGAAUACUGACAGCCAGGAGGGGGGUGGUGGUGUGCAGCGUAGCUCCAAACUUGCCUGCUGUGUCUCCCUGUCGCUCCGACUGUGACUCCAUCAGGAAGAGCACAUGGGAAGCUGGGACAGAAAGUAAAGGGGUUGAUGACGCUGAAGAAGUGACCUGUUUUUCAGGAAGUAAUAAAGGCAGCAACUCCGAAGUACAGUCCCUCAGCUCCUUCCAGUCUGAUUCCGGUGAUGAUAAUGCUUCCAUAGUGACUGUCAUACAGCUUGUCAACAAUGUAGUUGACACUAUAGAAAAUGAAGUGUCUGUUAUGGAUCAAGGACAGAACUACAACAGAGCGUAUCACUGGGAUACCUCUGACUGGAUGCCAAGUGCUCGCUUGUCCGACAUUGAGGAAGUGCCCAAUUUUGAGACAACAGAUGGAGGCUCGGCUCAUCACGGCAGUACCAGAGAACUGGAAACAGAUUACUACCUUGGUGGCUACGACAUUGACAGCGACUACCCUCCCCCUCACGAAGAGGAGUUUUUAAGCCAGGACCAGUUACCACCCCCUCUUCCAGAGGAUUAUCCGGACCAAUAUGAAACCCUCCCACCCUCGCAGCCAGUCUCAAUGGCAAGUACUCUCAGCCCCGAUUGCAGGAGACGGCCGCACUUCCACCCUAGCCAAUACCUCCCUCCUCACCAGUUCCCCAAUGAGACAGACACCACGGGGUCUCAAGCUGGGAACGAAUUUAGUACUUUUGCUGUUUGCCCAAGCCAGAACACAGAAAACAUUAGUGCAGGUAAGAUGCCUUUAUCCUUGCACAACUCUCUAGAUGCCUCCUCCUCUGAUGUCUCGGCCAGCUGCGGCUUUGAUGACUCCGAAGUAGCCAUGAGUGACUUUGAAAGCGUGGAGGAACUCAACUUAGAAAACGUUCACAUUCCAUUUGUGGAGACCCAGCAUCAGACACAAGUGUAAAGGAAGCUCCUUUCUUCUUCUUCCUCCUCUUCUUUUUUUAAUUUUGUCAUUUGGUCCAAUUAAUAGUAUAAAUAUUGAGAAGAAAAUUUGCUGAAGGUGUGUCUAUAUAUAUUAGGCAAGGCAAAAAUAUGGUAAAACCCAUUAUUAACUUGUUCAGAAAUGAUACUGUAUGUGCAGACAUGAAGAGACCAAUUGUGUUAAGUAUUAUACAUCACAAAAUUGUUACAGACAAUCUGGAGAGUGUGUACCUGUAUUUAUUACCAAGAGUAAAACUCAGCUUUUGAGGCAGGGGGAAACAAUAAUUGCUAAAUAAUUCCUUUCUCUCUCCUAAAGUUUGAUUUUUUAUUUUCAUUGUGUUAUUAAAAGUGUUACAGUGUUAUAAUCUCCCCACAGUAUUAAGGAACUGGUAUGGAUAAUUCCAAGAUGCACUGCUGCAUGAAACUUCAUGUCAGCAAAGAGUGAAAGCAAUUGAUUGCUGAGGCUGCUGCGUACAUUUCAGAUGGCUGAAAAAAAGCAACAUUUACAAAUUGGCUUGUCAAAGACAAGCAGCCAGUUACUUGUCCAUAAAUAUUUGCCUAUACUUUUGUUUGUUACGUAGCAUUUCAUUCUACUUUAUGUGCAUAUAGAGCAACAUAUGUACAGUUUAUAUUUACUCCAAAUUGGCCUACUUUGGUUGCCAUUUUUUUAAAACCUGGCAUCAGGUGUGUGUGCAUAGCUUCACCUGUGAGAACUUCUAGAAAUAUCAGAGUUUGGCUCAGGAGUGGCCUGGUUUUUCC